GUACAAAAACCCCACAGAUAAUAAAAAAGUACCUUUAUUUUCCUCUUCUGUAGUUAUGUGCUGCUCAUCUCCCAACUGCAUCAGAGGCACCAAAUCAUUAUCAGGCAGUGUGUCGUGCACUGUUUGCAGAGACAAUGGAGCUGCAUACAUUUCUGACUAAAAUUAAGAGUGCAAAGGAGAAUCUGAAGAAGAUUCAAGAAAUGGAGAAGAGUAAUGAAUCUAACACAGACCUGGAGGAGCUGAAAAACGCUGACUGGGCUCGAUUCUGGGUGCAGGUGAUGAGGGAUUUGCGGAAUGGAGUAAAACUCAAGAAGGUCCAAGAGCGGCAGUACAACCCUCUGCCCAUUGAAUAUCAGCUCACCCCUUAUGAGAUGCUAAUGGAUGACAUUCGAUCCAAAAGAUACACUUUGCGAAAAGUGAUGGUGAAUGGUGAUAUUCCCCCUCGGUUAAAAAAAAGUGCUCAUGAAAUCAUCCUGGACUUCAUCAGAUCAAGACCUCCUUUAAAUCCAGCCUCAGCCAGAAAACUGAAGCCUACUCCACCACGGCCACGGAGCCUCCAUGAAAGGAUCCUGGAAGAAAUCAAAGCAGAAAGAAAGCUGCGGCCUGUGUCACCAGAGGAAACCAGACGUGGCAGGUUAGCAAUGCGGCCACUUAGCAUGUCUUACAGUUUUGACUUGUCAGAGGUAGCUACCCCUGAAUCUCCAAAGAAUGUCCUGGAAUCAUCGAUGGUGAAUGGAGGUUUAACGUCACAAUCAAAAGAAAAUGGGGCAGGUGCCGUACAGCAGGUGCCUGUGCAGCGGAAGAAACUCCUCAAAGCCCCAACUCUGGCCGAGCUGGACAGCUCUGACUCGGAGGAAGAAACUCUGCCCAGGUCAGCCAGCAGCAGUGCAUCUCCCUCCUUCCUUGAAGAUCCCUUUCUGGAGGCUGUGUCCACAAGGAAGAACCCUCCGAAGUUCUUGCCCAUAUCCUCCACACCCCAGCCAGAACGACGGCAGCCACCCCAGAGGCGACAUUCCAUUGAAAAGGAAACACCCACUAACGUGAGACAGUUCCUGCCAGCGUCCAGGCAGAGCUCCCGGUCUCUCGAGGAAUUCUGCUACCCAGUGGAAUGCCUAGCACUUACUGUGGAGGAGGUGAUGCAUAUUCGUCAGGUCCUGGUGAAGGCAGAGCUGGAAAAAUACCAACAGUAUAAAGAUGUCUACACUGCUCUGAAAAAAGGAAAGCUCUGCUUUUGUUGCCGAACCAGGAGAUUUUCCUUCUUCACUUGGUCUUAUACCUGUCAGUUCUGUAAGAGGCCGGUGUGCUCACAGUGUUGCAAAAAGAUGCGGCUGCCCUCCAAGCCAUACUCCACCCUUCCUAUCUUUUCAUUGGGACCUUCUGCCUUGCAGAGAGGGGAAAGUUGUAUGAGGCCAGAAAAACCCUCCACUGGCCAUCAUCGGCCACUUCGGAGCAUUGCCAGAUUGUCCUCAAAAUCCAAGUCUGUGGACAAAUCAGAUGAAGAACUCCAAUUUCCCAAAGAGUUGAUGGAGGACUGGAGCACCAUGGAGGUGUGUGUAGACUGCAAAAAGUUCAUUUCAGAAAUCAUCAACUCAAGCCGGCAUAGCCUGGUGCUGGCCAACAAAAGAGCCAGAUUGAAAAGGAAAACGCAGUCUUUCUACGUGUCCUCGGCAGGCCCUUCGGAGUACUGCCCUUCAGAGAGGACCAUCAGUGAGGUCUGA